UUUAAGGAUGUAGCUAUAGACUUCACACUGGAGGAGUGGAGGCUGAUGGACCCUACUCAGAGGAACCUGCACAAGGAUGUGAUGCUGGAGAAUUACAGGAACCUGGUCUCCCUGGGGCUUGCAGUUUCCAAACCAGACAUGAUAUCUCAUUUGGAGGAUGGGAAAGGACCUUGGGUGCUAGUAAGAGAAAUUCCAAGAGCUCCCUAUUCAGACUUGGAGACCAGACAGGCAACCAAGGAUGCAAUGCCAAUAGAGGACAUUUCCGAAGAUAUAACACAGAGGACCAUAGUGGUCACAGAGAAUGGUCUAUGGGAUUCCAGUUUGAGAGGAUCAUGGAAAUGGAAUAAUAGCAUACUGAGAUUGCAAAAUAGUCAAGAGAGUCAUUUGAAUCAAAGAAUAAUUACAUACAAGAAAACUCCCACUGGUCAGAGAGGCUUUAGAUUUGAGUCUGCUCUUUUCCCAGAACCCCACAGCAAAUGUCCAACACAUAAGGAAAAUUUCACAGAGAAUUUAGAUGUGGUUACAGAUACCUAUUUGGGGAAGAAAAUUUACAAGGAUACUGAAGGCAACAAAGCCAUAAGGCAGUCUUCAGAACUUACAUUGGAAAAGAAAACCAAUAAAGAAAAACCUUAUAAAUGUAGUACAUGUGAAAAAGCCUUUCGUUAUAGGUCAUUACUGAUUCAACACCAGAGAACUCACACUAAAGAAAAACCAUAUGAAUGUAAUGAAUGUGGGAAAACGUUCAGCCAGCCUUCAUAUCUUAGCCAGCAUAAAAAAAUUCACACUGGAGAAAAACCCUUUAAAUGUAAUGAAUGUGGAAAGGCCUUCAUUGCUUCUUCAUCUCUUAUGGUACAUCAGAGAAUUCAUACUAAAGAGAAACCUUAUCAGUGCAAUGUCUGUGGAAAAUCCUUCAGCCAAUGUGCCCGCCUUAAUCAGCACCAGAGAAUUCAAACUGGAGAGAAACCUUAUAAAUGUAUUGAGUGCGGGAAAGCUUUUAGUGAUAAAUCAAAACUUGCAAGACAUCAGGAAACACACACUGGAGAAAAACCCUACAAAUGUAAUGAUUGUGAUAAAGCCUUUAGGAAUAAGUCAUACCUUAGUGUACAUCAAAAGACCCAUACUGAAGAGAAACCAUAUAAAUGCAAUGAGUGUGGAAAAUCUUUCAAGAACACCACAAUUUUUAAUGUUCAUCAGAGAAUUCAUACUGGAGAGAAACCCUUUAGGUGUGAUGAAUGUGGGAAAGCCUAUAGAAGUAAUUCAAGCCUUAUUGUACAUAUAAGAACUCAUACUGGGGAAAAACCCUACGAAUGUAAUGAAUGUGGGAAAGCUUUCAACCGAAUAGCAAAUUUCACAGAACAUCAGAGAAUUCAUACAGGAGAAAAACCAUAUAAAUGUAAUGAAUGUGGGAAGGCUUUCAUUAAUUAUUCAUGCCUUACUGUACAUCACAGAAUGCAUACCGGAGAGAAACCAUAUAAAUGUAAUGAAUGUGGAAAAGCCUUCAUGCGUUCUUCAUCUCUUAUUAUACAUCAGCGAAUUCAUACUGAAGAGAAACCUUACCUAUGUAAUGAAUGUGGGGAAUCUUUCAGAAUAAAAUCACAUUUAACUGUACAUCAGAGGAUUCAUACUGGAGAGAAACCAUAUAAAUGUACUGACUGUGAGAGAGCAUUCACCAAAAUGGUAAAUCUCAAGGAGCAUCAGAAAAUUCAUACUGGAGUGAAACCCUAUACAUGUUAUGAUUGUGGAAAAUCCUUCAGGACUAAAUCAUACCUUAUUGUACAUCAAAGGACCCAUACUGGAGAAAAACCAUAUAAAUGUAAUGAAUGUGAGAAAGCUUUCACUAAUACAUCACAGCUUACUGUGCAUCAAAGAAGGCAUACUGGAGAGAAACCCUAUAAAUGUAAUGAAUGUGGGAAAGUUUUCACAAGUAACUCAGGCUUUAAUACUCAUCAAAGAACACAUACUGGAGAGAAACCAUUUAAAUGUAGUGACUGUGGGAAAGCAUUUAGCCAGAUGGUGCAUGUCACAGAACAUCAGAAAAUCCAUAGUGGAGAGAAACCUUAUAAAUGUGAUGUCUGUGGGAAAGCUUUCAGGAGGGGUUCAUACCUUACAGUGCAUUGGAGAACACACACUGGAGAAAAACCCUAUACAUGUAAGGAAUGUGGAAAAGGUUGUAUUACUCUAUCACAGCUAACUCUACAUCAGAGAAUUCAUACUGGGGAGAGACCCUAUAAAUGUGAAGAUUGUGGAAAAGCCUUCAGAACUAACUCAGAUUUUACUGUACAUCUGAGGAUGCAUACUGGAGAAAAACCCUAUAAAUGUAAUGAGUGUGGAAAAGCUUUCAGAAGUAGCUCAAGCCUUACUGUACAUCAAAGAAUCCAUCAGAGAGAAACUCAGUUAAUAUAGAGAACAAUAAAUCAUUCAAUAAGAUGUCAACUCCACAAGAAGAAUCUUAUGAACUAUAUAUUUUCAUGAAUGGAAAAAUCUUCUAGAACAAUUCACCAGAAAUACACACUGAAGAGAUAUAUUCUAUAAACUUAAUGAAUGUGGAAAAACAUUUAGCCAUAUUAAAUGUUAGAGAUUAUAGGAACAUUUACACUAAAGAAAAAUAAUGGACAAAUGAAAGCCUUCAUCUAGAUUUCAUAUUUUAUUCAUUC